CCGCCGCGCCACACUCUGCGCCCCGCGGCGCCCCCCGGUCCCGCCCGCCAUGCCCGGCCCGGCCGCGGGCAGCAGGGCCCGGGUCUACGCCGAGGUGAACAGCCUGAGGAGCCGCGAGUACUGGGACUAUGAGGCGCACGUCCCGAGCUGGGGUAAUCAAGAUGAUUACCAACUGGUUCGAAAACUUGGUCGGGGAAAGUAUAGUGAAGUAUUUGAGGCCAUUAACAUCACCAACAACGAGAGAGUGGUUGUAAAAAUUCUCAAGCCAGUGAAGAAAAAGAAGAUAAAACGAGAGGUUAAGAUUCUGGAGAAUCUUCGUGGUGGAACAAAUAUCAUUAAGCUGGUUGACACUGUAAAGGACCCCGUGUCAAAGACACCAGCUUUGGUAUUUGAAUAUAUCAAUAAUACAGAUUUUAAGCAACUCUACCAGAUCCUGACAGACUUUGAUAUCCGGUUUUAUAUGUAUGAACUACUUAAAGCUCUGGAUUACUGCCACAGCAAGGGAAUCAUGCACAGAGAUGUGAAACCUCACAAUGUCAUGAUAGAUCACCAACAGAAAAAGCUGCGACUGAUUGAUUGGGGGCUGGCAGAGUUCUAUCAUCCUGCUCAGGAGUACAAUGUCCGUGUAGCCUCGAGGUACUUCAAAGGACCAGAGCUUCUUGUGGACUACCAGAUGUAUGAUUAUAGCUUGGACAUGUGGAGUUUGGGCUGCAUGUUAGCAAGCAUGAUCUUUCGAAAGGAACCCUUCUUCCACGGACAGGACAACUAUGACCAGCUUGUUCGCAUUGCCAAGGUUCUGGGUACAGAUGAGCUGUAUGGGUAUCUGAAGAAGUAUCACAUAGACCUAGAUCCACACUUCAACGAUAUCCUGGGACAACACUCACGGAAACGCUGGGAAAACUUUAUCCACAGUGAGAACAGACACCUUGUCAGUCCUGAGGCCCUAGAUCUUUUGGACAAACUUCUGCGAUACGACCAUCAACAGAGACUGACCGCCAAGGAGGCCAUGGAGCACCCGUACUUCUACGCUGUGGUGAAGGAGCAGUCCCAGCCUUCUGCAGAUAACACUGUGCUUUCCAGUGGUCUCACAACUGCACGAUGAAGACUGGGAAGCGACGGGUAAUGCGUCAUUGAUGCUUGCCAAUAAAACCAACCAACCAAAACACACAUCCUUGAAGGAAAACUACAGUGUGAUAAAAAGAAAUUGUAAUCAUUCCUUCUAAAUGCAAAGAAGAGUAAAGACCUAAAAGUCUGUCAAAAAGAAAGAAAGAAAGAAAGAAAGAAACUCCCCAGUACUAGUCUGCAGGGAGCUGCCGCUCUGGCAGCACGAUGAUGCGCAUAGUUCAGGAUCUGAGGGAAGCUCCCUCUGGAAUGCAUGGGAGAUGAGAGACUCGGAGUUGUUGUGCAUUACCUGCUUUAACAGGAGACCACUGUUGAAUUAACCCCUUCAGUCAACAAGCUCUGAAUAUCUGACUUCCUGUCUAUUCCAUUGUGGUCUGGGUUUCCUUUGGUGAGAUUCAGGCUCAAGUUAUAGCAAAAUGUCAGCAGUCUACACUGACACACCAGCCUCAUUUGUGAAAAGGAGAUAUUAAACAGUGACAGUAUUUUUUUUUUUUUUUUUUAAAGCUCUUUUAAAAUUCAUGUUUUAUGUAUUUUUUAUGACAUGAGCUCUCCAGGAAAUGUACCUCAUCCCUGCAGUUUUCCUCCAAGUGUAUUCAUAUGGGAGCAAACUGUAAUCACUUCACAAAAGAGUCCUCUUUGAUGUCAGGUGGCAUCACUAAACCUUGCGGUGCCACAAAUAGGUCAUCAGUCUCAUUGAAAGUUAGAUGCUAAGUGAUAACUCAAAGUGUAACCUUUGUCGAUUUGCCUAACCAUAAAAAUCUUGUUGCUAUUUUUUCAUUUACCCUUUUUUUCCCAGCCUUGUAAGGAAAACAAACCACUUUCCAGCACAUACCUAUAUGUGCACCUGUUUUAAUGCACCUCUUUGAAACAGACUUUUUGUUCACGCCCAUAGCUAAAGCUGGAAAGUCAGUCUUCAGGCAGGUCAGGGAAGGAGAAGAAUAUCCCAUUAGAGUUUAUUCAGAAAAGAUUUAUUGGGUGAAAGUUAUAUACCCCUCCCUCCUUUUCUUCCCUCUUUUUUAUCCCCCUGAGAGAAAUAAUUUCCUGCUGUAAUCAGGGUAACACAUUUUUAAGCUCUGAUAUGUGAUGCUUAUUGUGAUGAGAAAGACAAGUCUUUCGCAUGCAAGGUGCUGGAGUUGUGUGGCAAGGCCACUCGAGUGACUGAAAGGAGAGGAGUUUACCAGGGGCUUGGGGAAGGAAGCAGAUCUACUGGCACAAAGGUUAAAGGUUUGGAUCCAUCAUGCUAGCCUGUACAUUAGCAAAGGAGGCUAGGUUUAAAAAAAAAAAAAAAAAAAUAGGGUUAAUUUCAUUUUGGGACUUGUCAUCAAUACAGAUUGCAGGUGGGCACCUCAGCCCAGCUGCUCCUUGGAAUCCCAGCUGCAGCACCAUGCUACCGCUGCGGAGAUUUCACACACCUGGGCUAGAGCUAGACGUGUCAUCACAUCCCACUGUAGGAUUUCUUUAUUAAUUAUUUAAUAAUGCCAUACAUUUUUACAAAGUUAGUUUGUUUGAAACAUUUGUUUACAUUCCACAUUCCAAUAAAAUCAUAUUGGUAUUGGUAGUGAGUCCUAUCUCUAAAUGUAGAUACUAUUUUUGUUCGUUGGUGUGCAAGAACUUAAAAUGCAAAUAAAACUCUUCUCUUAUUAUGGAGUUGAGGUUCCAGAAUAAGAAAUUAAAUAAGAUCCAAAGCCAGAAAAUGAGUUCAGCUAAGGUUCUCAUAACAAUUCUACCUGCCUGCAUUGCACAUUAUGUAUAUUAGUGUAAACAUUGUUCUACCUGAAAAUUGAAAACGAGACAUGCACUCUCAGCCGAGCCUAUGUCAAUAUGUCAGACAGCAAAACUCAGUGUUUUGGAUUAUCAAAAGCCUUCUGUUGUGCCCUUAUAGGCAAUUAUCGAACUGUUGGCUAUUAUCAGGGAGGUGUGUUACUGUGUGUCUUUCCUGCUCCCCUACCUCUCAUUCUCACCCACUCCCUCUGCCCUGCCUUUUUUGUUGUUGUUGUUGUUGCCUGUCUGGACCAAGUAGAAAGAGCCUGCUGGAGGGUCUUGGUAAGCAGUAUCCUCUUGAUUCCCCCAGAGGCAAUAAAAGCAUCUGGAGAGAAGAGUCAGAAGACCUGCCUUUGCUGCUCUCUCCUUUGGUCAUGAUUUUAGUAUGUGCAGAUACAGCUAAUCUGCCUGGCCUUGGGUUCUGUAUGUGAGGUUUGAAACAUGAGUAGUUUUUCCUUUUUAUUCAUACAGUUUCCUUUUGUCGCACCUAUGCUUUUUACCCAUCUUCAUGCCUUAGACUUAGAAAGAACUGGGUGUGAAUUGCUCAGUCCCUUCUGAGUCUGCUCUUGACAACUGGACUUGCUAGCUGACCAGCUUCGGGCUAUUCUUUCCCGAACUGAAGAGAGUUCAUUCCAGACUGUCUGUCUCUCACCUGUCUCCAAAACCAUUUUGUGUCCAGGGAGACCUAGCUCCCCUGGGAUUUUAGAGUAUUUACCUGGGUUAGGAGAUGGUCUUGGAGAGCUCUAAAAGGUAUGUGGAUGUGGGUGUGGGUGUGUGUAGGAGUGGCAGUCUAGUCUUAUAUUUAGAUUAGCUGUAGUAGAUUUACCCCAAUGUCCUUCUUAGUUAGCAUAUUAUUUCUUCAACUCAUCUCAUUAAUUUUUAUCAGACAUUUUAUUUGCUUCAUUACCUUAUAACACGUUAAAAGUGCCUAUGAUAAGGACUUGAUUAUUUCCUAGAGAAAAGCAAAAAAAUGUGGGGAACAGGGUAGUGUUACACUAUCAUCUCAGGUACUGCCUGUGUUCAAGAACAUAGACCUGGUAUGGUGAGAACAAAAGGUUCCUAUGCCAAAUACAGAUUGGUAUACCAUAGUUUAUCGGCCACAAGUGACCGUAACUGCCAGGUUUUACUUCAGCUGAGAGAUACCAUGGUGAGAGCAGAACUGAGGAAGUUCAGAGUAAUAGAUUUAUGUAUAGCUUGGCAAUAGUUCACCCUCCCCUGGAUCACAUCGGCUGGCCUAGCCCCAUCCUAUCCUAAGUAUUCCUGGGUCUUCUUACCAACUAAAGGAGUAUUGAUGCCGGACAUUCUGUAGCACACCAGGACUCAUAGGCUCAAGCAAAUGUAUUCCCUUGCAGAGAAGAAAGCAAGAUAAUCUCACACUGAUUGAUUAGAGGGGGCAGACGGAGCUUAUAAUCCUUUGGAGUUUGGGAAGAGUGGCUGGGGGGAGGAUGCUGCUUAAAGUAGGAAAGGAACAGUCUAAAGAUAGAUGUUGAGGAAGGAACAUACUAGGGAUAAAAUUAGGAGACAUCAAGUUCAUGUUCUGGAAUGUGUCCUGAGCAGGAUUGGUAACCCGUGGACUGAAAGAAGGUGCUCUCGAGUCAGAUGCCGAGUCCCCGAGAGAGCUGGAUGCUGUGGGUCUCGCAGUCUGCGCCUACUCAGGGAAAUGACUUAGGUUCUCCCAGGUGCUGCAUUGAUGAGGGUAGAAGCAAACUACUUUGGGACACAAGUAACAGUUGGAAGUUUUUUAUGUGCAUUGAAGUAGAUCUGAAAGAGCCCAGUUAACGGUUUCAUUAAAUGCCAGUUCAGAUUAAAUGAUUAGUUUGGAAACUGUUGCUGCAUGAGCACCCAAAGGAGGAAGCAAACUUUCUUCCUACAAAUAAAUAGGAGUAGAUGGAUAAUAACUGAUCAGAGUCAAGGUUAUUUAAAUAUAAACCCUUUGAAAACAAAAGCAGGGUCCACAUGAGCACACAGAGGCCAAAGUUUGUCAGCUUAGUAAAUUAAACUUGAAUAAUGUCCUGCCUUUAAAAAUUAAAGGUGGGGAAAGGGAGAGGAGGGGAGGCAGUAGAGAAACAUCUGGCCAAGAAAAGCAGUAACAUGCUUUUAAACUACAUGGAUAUGUUAAUGAAAACAGCCCCAACCACGUAUUGACACUGGGAAAAGUGAUGUGAUGAAAUUAUCCAGGUGAUGAAUAUUUUUGUGUAGAGACUCAACAGUGUGCUACAAAUGUGAUACUUAACCCUGAACUGCAUGUAUUGGGGAUUGUUAAAAAAAAAAACAUAAAACAAUUUUCGUUGAAACAAUAAAUUAACAGUUUUUCACCUGUUGGCUCUUCUUGCUGUACAUGGUGACUAAAAAGUUGGGACAGAAAUUAUGACACCCAGCUGGAAAGCUUGGAUAAAUCUUCAAGAACCAUGGAGCAGACUACUUUGCAGAAAAGCAACACUGCCUGGGUUGUGAUCCUUAACAAUUGACUACUUCAGACACAGUUGGCCACCUUUCUUUGUAUCACUGGAUGACUGAUAAAUGAUUUAUGUGCUGCUGCCAUUAGAGGAAAGAAAAAUGCCAUGUUAAGUUCUGUUUUCUUAAAUAAAAAUGUUGACAAUACCCAGUCUUCCCAAGUGGAAGACAAGCCAUUGCUAUGAGGA